GAAAAACUUGCAUUGGCAUUUUCAUUCCGAUCUUGUUUCUGAUUUGUCUUCUCUACCCUCGCUGAUCCUAACCACCCACGUAUGCACAAGGGCUGUCUGGCGGCUGACUGGCGGACGGAGGUUGCCGCGCGGAAACGUGACUUGUCUGUCUACCAACGCGUUGAAGUUCCCUGUGUUUUCGCUCCGAAGAAACUUUCAGUUCUGCCCGCUGUGGAGAGCAUUAGCCUGUAAAGCCUUACGAGAAAAGGAGAUUUCUAGACGCGGAACGUUCUGUAUCUUGGCGACACCAGUGCAGUGACAGGAGCGAAUUCGCGGGCGCACGUGACCUUCAGGAACCAGGAAGAAUGAGUGGAAUUGUGUGAGUGCCAGUCUGCUGAACGCAGCGCUCUUUCGCUUCUCGCGAGAAUGGUAUAGCGUUAUAACGUAAGGGCAUUUGCACCGCGGAUUGAAUUCAACGGUGUAACCGGUGUGGUCUGUGAAGAAAGGGUGUUUCUCCCAAUCUGCUGGCCAUCGUACCGGUCACUUUCUUGACGCACACAAGCAGCCGUAACAGCUGCGAACAGCGACGUAACAAAGAUUUGAGAGUUAACAGCGAGCUAUAAUGUUUCACGUGCGUUGAGCAUUUCUCGGGAUUUGUCGUUUGCUGUUCUACCUCGGCUCAUCGUAUUCAUAGCCAAAAGAUAUCGGGACGGCCAAAAGCACCUCGCUGCUUUCGCAAAAGUUUUUCGAGUACAGCACUUCAAACGGAGACACGUCUGACCGGCGACACAAUUCUUUGGAAGAUGCAAAAAUGAACGGCAUUCCACCAAGUAUAUUCGUCUCCGAUUUCAACGCAUUACGUCUCGUCGCGUUUGCCAUUUCAGGAAAUGAAAAGCCUGAACAGCAGCAAGCUACAAAUCAUUCGGAAAUUUAGCAGAUAGUUGUUUCGGUGUUCUUCCGAGAGUUGACAAGGAGGAACAGCGAAAUUGAUGAAACGAUCAUCGGAGACCUCUCCAUUUUUUUCAGUCUACCGAAGACGUCGCUUCCGAUCGACUCUGUUCACGGUUCUCCGUCAGCAUCUGCUGCUGUCGAUCUCUGUACACACCAUGGGUUUCGCGUGCCAACCAGAAUAUUAGAGACGGAAGCUCUCUACUUUUGCCGUUUCCUUGACUUUCUCCUGGCACAUCGAUCCCACAUCUUCAGCAGGCGCUAACUGGCUGUUCUUUGUUCCUUUCUUGUGCAUCUUCUUAGCCGAUCUCUUUGCAUUGGGGUCUGUUGACUGGUUCCUGAGGAGGAGUUCUCCUCUUUCGAUAGGUUGCCAGUUGCCGGUUUUUUCCUGCCCCUUAUUAUUUGUCACUUCUCCGUCGUCAGCGGCUUCCUUGCUUCCGUUUUAACGGACCGAAUAUGUGUCUUCCGUUUUCGAACAUAGAGGACCGUUUGGGCAUGUGUCUUCGCCCGAAAACGCCACGAACACUGAUGACAGUGGUGUGGUAGAAAACGUUUUGCUGAUGCGUUUUACAUUUUCGUUUUUCACUUCGUUUCUGGAUCGAAAUAGCAUUGCAGCGUCGAUCAAGUUGAAGCGUCCUGCUGAUGCCCGCGGGUUAACCGUUCAUUGCGGAACAGCGUGGCUGUUUUCAAAAUCGUCUUUUUGUGUGUGAAAGGACCUGGUGAUGUGACUUACAUAUCCUACCAGAGUUACGAUUCUUUUUGUCUCGCCACCACAAGAAAAACACGAAAUUCCCCGACUGGCAGCUAGUGCUAGUUGGACCACUCCAGCGGAAGAGGACUCGUCGUCUUCAUCUCGUGGACACAACAGAACGCUUUCGACUUCCAUCAUGGGGGGGAGAAGGAGAUCUUUUUUUCUCUCCACUGCCGGCGCACUCGCGCCGGCAGUAGCUACAACAACUGUGUCUCUGAUCGUUCUUUCUUCCUCAUUUCCGCUGCUGUCUUCAUCUUCUCCGGAGAGUGAAGGGGACAGGUUCCAGGUGACAGCUGCCACUCGAGAUGUUCCAGAAGAGGCAUCCGUUGCAGCGUCCAGGGAAUUGAGCGAGGAAGAUGCAACACUCCGUAUCGAUAAAGCAACAACUUGCCUGCUACUUCUACCCAGCAUCAUCGGUCUAUUCUGGGCAGUCUAUGAGGCUUGGAAGGUCUCGAAAAUCCAAAUGGAUGGUCCUCUUGGAGAUGAUAACAAACGGCUGACCGACCCGCUAUACCUCGAAAUGUCUGGGAACAUACAGCAGCAGCUGAACAUGAUGAAGAGCAUCUCGCGCUGCAUCGCUGAUGGAGCAAUCACAUUCCUCACGCAAGAGUUCAAGUACAUGGCAGUGUACAUCGUCGUGUUCUCCUCUAUCUUGGGAAUCUUCGUCGGCAUCCCGACGAUGGCUGCAUUCGUCCUGGGAGCUCUUACUUCGAUUCUGUGUGGGUUCGUGGGCAUGAAGAUUGCGGUCUACUCCAACGUCCGGACUUGCCAUGAAGCGUGGAUGGAACUUGGGCGAGGGUUUCAGGUAGCCUUGACAGCUGGAAGCGUCAUGGGGUUUGCUCUUGUGUCUCUGGGUUGCUUGACCCUCGUUGCGAUCAUUCUCCUUUAUCGUCUUCCCUCUCUCUUUGGCACAAAUCCAGAAGACCAAAGGGCCCUCUUCGAAGCAGUGGCAGGGUACGGCCUCGGGGGUUCCUCGAUCGCUCUUUUCGCGCGCGUGGGGGGCGGCAUUUACACAAAGGCUGCAGACGUCGGAGCGGACUUGUCCGGAAAAAACGAAUAUGGCAUGUCUGAGGACGACCCGCGAAACCCUGCAUGCAUCGCAGACAACGUGGGAGACAACGUAGGCGACGUGGCAGGCAUGGGGGCAGAUCUGUUUGGUUCGCUUGCGGAAGCGAGUUGUGCGGGUCUUGUCAUUGCAGGCGCCUCCAUCGCAACUUCAGCCUCGGGAGGUCCCCAAGGCCUCGCGCACAGCUGGUCGGGUUUGAUGUUUCCCGUGUUGAUCUCGAGCACGGGGAUUUUCACGGGGAUUUUCACGGUUGUUCUUGUUCGUGCAUGCUUCUCUGUGCGCUGCUACGACGACAUCGAGAAAGCUCUGAAGUGGGUGAUGUUCAUCAGCACGGGGCUCGAAAUGCCCGUCUUGAUUCUGCUGUCCUACUUUUUUCUGCCGUCGGAGUUUCUCCUCGAUGGCUGUCAGGGGACCACGGCCUGGUGGCACGCCGCGGUCUGCGUUGUCUUGGGGCUUUGGGCAGGUCUGGCGAUUGGGUACGUCACCGAGUACUACACCUCCCACUCGUAUUUUCCCGUGAGGGAAAUUUCUCAGACGCAAAUCGUCUCUGCAGCCACGGGUAUCAUCUAUGGCCUCGCACUCGGCUACUCGUCCACGGUAGUUCCCAUCAUUUGUCUCGGAGUCACCAUCCUGGUCUCCCACACGCUCUGUGGAAUGUACGGCAUCGCACUCGCUGCCUUGGGCAUGCUUUCCACCCUUACCAUGGGCCUCAUGAUCGAUGGCUACGGUCCUAUCAGUGACAAUGCUGGAGGCAUUGCAGAGAUGGCUGGACUCGGCCCCGAAGUUCGAAGCCGGACAGAUGCCCUGGAUGCCGCCGGAAACACAACUGCUGCGGUGGGUAAGGGGUAUGCCAUAGGCUCUGCAGCGCUGGUGUCUUUGGCGCUUUUUGGCGCCUUUACUGUGCGCGCACACAUCACCGCAGUCGAUGUCCUUGACCCGUGGACGUUUACGGGGCUUCUCUUUGGUGCGAUGAUGCCGUACGCGUUUAGCGCGAUGACCAUGAAGAGUGUCGGAAUCGCCGCCAGCGAUAUGGUCCAGGAAUGCCUUCAGCAGUUUCCACUGAUUAUCCAGGGAAACAUCGAGCCGCAGUACAAGCGCUGCAUUGAAAUCUCGACACGCGCAUCCCUUCAUGAAAUGAUUGCACCCGGCGCCUUGGUCAUUUGCGCGCCCGUCGCGGCUGGGAUGAUGUUCGGGAAAAACUGCACUGCCGGUUUGCUUGCUGGAGCGCUUGUGUCCGGCAUUCAACUUGCCAUCUCUGCGUCCACCUCAGGCAGUGCUUGGGACAACGCCAAGAAGUACAUUGAAUCUGGAGCUCUGGGUGCUGAUCAUGGGAAGGGCUCUCAGGCACACAAGAACGCGGUUACUGGAGACACCGUAGGUGACCCUCUGAAAGACACUUCUGGGCCGUCGCUGAACAUAUUGAUUAAGCUUUCUGCGAUCAUCUCCCUCGUAUUUGGCGCUUUCAUCGCGGAGCACUUUUCGAAUGCUCAAGGGGGACCUGCUUGGGUCCGCGUGCUGUAGACAGGGUGAACGCGUACAAUUUUUUUUGGUAUCUGUUUGUGUACGUUCAUGUUUUUUCUGUACUCUUGAGGGUCCGUACAUCAUGCAGUCGUCACGUAAUCUUUUGCCUAGAUGAACUCUUGAGGUCACGACGAUUCUCUCUUCUAGCUAGACCACAACGGAAGCAAACCAGACAGGAAGUGUUACGUUCUUCCGUAGACGAGUGUGCCCGUAGUCUAUCGCAAAUGCCUGAAUGUGCUGUAGACUCCCUGUGCAGCAAUUGUCCUGGUGCAAAACGACGCGCCCUGGCUCGCAGGGACGUUCAAUGUGCAGUGUUUCCGGAAUGGAAACUCACUGGCGUGUUUCACGCGAACUCAGGGUUCUACGUCGUCUGUGGAAUGCUCUCGAAUAUGCUCCUGGUUGCGUUUGAAAACGAGCUCAUUGGGAGGUGGUGGUGGUUUCCUUUUUUCCACGUCGUAGCGACGACGUCUCUGCGUCUGUGUAAAGUAUGCUAUCCGACGUCGUGUCGACCCGCUUUCUUCUAGACGCCGGUAGCUUACAGGAGUGUUACCGUUGCUCGCAAGACUACAAGAGGAGUGGAGAAAAAGGAUCCGUGAGGCGCCGCUUCCCCUCCUGUUUUUGGUGUCACAUUCAGCUGAGCUCUAGGUCACUGUACUCAGGUAGUGCCACCGUUACCUCUUUUCUUCACGUUUCAUCUCUCGUGGAUGUGUGGGCUCGACAAAGCGCAGUUUUAAUGCGUUUUGAGCGAACGAUGACUGAACAGAGUCUCUCAAAAAUAGUUCUCCGGUACACUGAAGAGAACAAGCACGACCGAGAGAAGGGGAUUGAACUACAUUGUUUUACCGCAAUUUUCGUCGGAAGCGUGUCAGCAAUAGCGGGAAGUUUCUCUUCAUAAAGUCGCGUCACAAUUACACAAAAGGAGUCGCUAAAAGCAUAUGUAUCGCGAAUGAUUCACUACAUCGGGACUGCUGUGACUGAACGGCGGUAGGUCCUGAGCUUAUUGGUUCAUUCAAUAUCAUGUGUAAUACACCCCCAAGCGUUACGUGCACCAUCUGCAACAGUUUUCCGACUGAGGAGCGGAUAAAAGUAUGUCCUAACACUGCUGGCCCACUAGACCGUCUUUCGGGGGCUAGAAGGCAUGGUCGAUUGUAUUGGUUGCGCUUUUUUCUGACGUUCUGAUUUGCCAAUGAAUACACGACUCCCUGAGCGCAUCUGUAUAGAAUUUGAUACAGCGUCUGGUGACCAGGCGGCGAUCGGCACGCUGACACUUUGAGGUUGGGCGGAGCUCACCUGAGUCUGCCGUAUCUCCUAAGGGACGCGGACCUGAGAAUGGCUGUAGUUCAUCUUUUGAAUGCCUAUUGUGCUCCCUAGCAUAAACGUGUCCUUUAACCUUUUCUAGGUAGUCCUGCCAUUCACCGGUCCUAGCAACGAACAGAAACGUUAGCGACGCAAAAACGGUGCGUGGCCGUGGCACCCACAUCAGUUUUGCUCAUUGAUGUCAACGGUUUAGAACGACUCCGCAAGCAACUCGGAGCAAUUACAUCCAGCCACUUUAUAGUCUCGCCUCAAUAGUUUUCUGGUCAGCUGGUUGGCUGCAUGAGGUAUACCAGGAGAAAACUCGAUUAGUCUUUAUCGGCAGAACGUCAACAGCACGAGAGACAAAGCUGAGGGGGUUCAAGAAACUAAACAGUGCACAACAAUAUCAGCAAAACACGUCUUUGCAUUCAGUAAGAUACCCAUUCGUCGACUUGCACUUUUACACAAAACGGUGGCUGAUGCCCCCGAAGUCGCGCUGUUUUCUACACCAUGGCACAGGCAUCAAGGUACCGCACGAAAAAACUCUCACCGCGCGCGGCACCCAACGCGUAAUGAGGCCAACUCGUUGUCCAUUAGGGCGUCGACUGCCAAAAGCAUGCUCUGGUCAUUAAAUGCAUUAAGCAUACUAUUAAUCCGACCCCAUUGUCUACUGUAGUGCGCCAGUACCGGAACCCUUUUCAAGAAAUUUCAGUCCGCCUCAGGUGAUGAUGGCCCUAAUGGAGAUAAGAAUACCCCAAAGCAAACCCCAAAUCCAACCAACAAACGGCAGCAAAAGCUGCAGCACACCAAUGAACACAUUCACUGCAUCAUUCUGCAGGAAACCGAUAAUGACCAUUCCCAGUCCGAAUAUGAAGCAGUUCAGUAUGCCUAGAACGAAAUAGAUGAUUUUGUCGUAUGGUCCCCCUGGCGGAACUGGCACAUCCAACCGUGUUAUACGUCUGAAUAAAUCGUUUACUGACAUUUUGAGUAUGUCUCUCUGAGAACGGAGUGCAGACGGUGUGUUUCAAAGAAAAACAGUGUCCGUAGGAAAUGAUUUGCAAGGAAGGUUGGCAACUGAGCCUCAACCGGCAAACUCAUUACUGUGGCUAGUCGUUUGACGCACAUGUAUGUUUUCCUCACGAGCACGAGGCGCGUCUCUUCCACUUUUGGCUACCCUGUCGCAGG